AUGAGUCCAACAGUGCCACUUGGUCAAAUCCAUACGGACUGUGUGCGCCAUAAUAACAUCCUUGUUCGGCAGACUGGCAGCCACUUAGAACCACAGCCAUCAUUAGGAACACUAUUGAACUUUGGCUGUUAUUAUAAGCCAGAUAACAGCGAAAGGGUAGUUCAGUUCUCACUCUAUGAAAGUGAAGAGGUUAAGUGCAGCAUCUAUCCCCAUGCAGACUCCAACGGUGCAGAGGGCACUGCUCUCGGAAGAGCAGAGCCAGUGUGGCAUCUGUUUCAUCAGAAGCAAUGCCUUAGAAAAGCAUUCAGCCAUCAGAAUCCAAUCGUGGUAUUUUCAGGAAAGUGGAAGGAACGCAAGAUGAUAACGCUAAGGGAAAUAAGUCAAGUAAGAAUGUUAAAUAAUAUACGGUUUCUCUUAUGUGAGGAACAAAAACAUGAAUUAAUCCAAACUUCAAAUAGAAAAGAGAUGGCGGGAAACAGGGAAGCUGAUGCUUUGGAAAUGAGAAAGCAUGAGUGUUUGCAGUACCUCGUGGUUACCCUGCUGUGGGCAGCUGGCACCUGUGCCCAUCGUACUGAUCAGAUAGCACCCUGUAUGAAGAGACAGGUAAUUGGACAGCUCCGCCCUGAUGAAAUUGCGUAUACAACUAUAACGGUGCAGAACCCCAUUGCUAACUGUGCUUUAAUCAUCCCUAAGUGGAUUAGUUGGCUUUAUUCAGUCAUGGACCAAUGCAUCAUUUUUACACUUUUCAAAGAGUAUGCUUUUCAGUUGUGCAUGACUUUCACUCUUCUGGUGACUGGAACCUUCUGUUUUGUGUCGGGAGUGGUGGUCAGCUCUCAAAGAGAACGGGACCUUCUGAAACCCGCAUCUGUCAGCUCACACUGCACCGCAGGAGGCAUUUUCAUAUACUGUGCCAUUCCUGUUCGUGACAACAUGAUGGAGAAAGUGUUGUCUCCAGUUUAUGAGGAAGAAACUGAGAUGCAAAGAUUUCCGGCCAGAGAAAGAGCCCAGUCUUCAUUCAAAGAGCAAAGAAGACAAAUACUCAAGAAAUAUCUGUUAAUCACUUUGACAUACAAACAGGAAAAUCAGAUUCGCAGUAAUAGAGUGAUGACAUCUGAAGAUCAGGUCCAAGAAGAGAUAAAACUUCUGAAACUUAAAACAAAAAUGGCUGACAAAGAAAAUAUCAGAAGACAUACAGAAAACACUAAUGCAAAAGGGAAAGAAUUAUUUCCCUUAAAAGCCUCUACUGAAUUAACCAACUGUACUACAACAAUUGACGCACAUUACCUCUAGGCUGAUCAUCAAACUCUGCAGCUGUUACUAAUUGACACUGAUUCCCAACCUCAAAAUAGGACACUAAGCCAGGAGUUUCAUCUUAAGAAUUAUAAAAAGAAACAAAUGAUUGCAGAAAAACCCAAGCAAGAUGCUAACAUGUUGAAGAAACCUAUGCUAGGAUAUUAUCAUAGCCGUAUUGUUCAGCCUAAUAUUAAUUCAUUCAGAAAACCUCCACAAGUCAAAGAUGAGAGUUUUGCAACAAACCUUUCAACUACUAUCUCUAAAGGCACCAAGCCGAACUCUGUAAACACUAGCAGUGUAACAAUAAAAAGUCAUAGAGCCUCAAAUAUGACUGCUACCACUAAAUGUGAGAACACACAACUUCUGCGGCCUCCCAUUAGAAAUCACCACAGGAACAUUCAGAACAGGGUCAAACAAGACAUUAGCAGAACCGCUGCCAGUAUUACAGUCCAAAAAAAGCCUACUGAGAAAGAACUAUUACGGUCAGAAACACUUCUAUGCAAUGUCAAGCCCAAUUCUUCUCAGGGCAUAAAAAGAAGUAAGGCAUUAUCCCAAAAAAUGGCAUCUAAAACUGUAGCCAGGCCUGUUUCAUUUACUCAUAGCAAACUGACAGAGAAGUCAACAACCAUUGAUCAGUGAAGACGUACAUUAGCAAAAGCCACUGUGGAUAGAUCAGCUCAGCCCAAAAAAACUACAGAAGAAAGAAAAACUUGCCUGAAUGAGUGGAGAGCUGGCAAAGGAAAAGUGCUGAAGAGGCACUCUGUUGCUACCCAGCCUGAGCCCAAGAGAUGAAAUGAAAAUUCAGAGGAGGAUGAACAAAGUUUAUUUACUGACAGAGUAAAAUUUUCUGAAGGCCUGAACCUGCUUAACAAGGGAAUAAUGAUGCCAAAAGAAGAAAUAAUGACCACACUGAAUGACUUGAUUAUAAAUAUUCCAAAUGCUAAAAAACUUGUUAAAUAUUGCAUGUGUCCUAUACACAUCGAAUCAAUCACAAGUCUUAUUGAAAAUAUUAUCUCACUCUAUGAGAAGGCCAUUCUGGUAGGAGCUCAGCCUAUUGAAGAGACCAUUGUGGAUAUUAUAACAAUGAAGAACCAAGAAAAAAAUAAUUGUGGAAGAAAUACUGAAGAUGCUUAUAGCACCCAUGAACAAAUCCUGGAAAUUUACAUUGAAGAUACAGGUGUUAAUCUAGAGCUAGGAAAACCAGAAAUAGAAAAUCAACAUAGUAGAACUGUGGUAUCUGAAGACUGUGAAUUGCAGCAAGAUGACAAAACAAAAGAUCCAACAGACAACUUUAAAACCCCUGAUACGGAAAACAGAUCAAGUUGCUUAAUUAAAUAUAUCAUAUCUACUACUCCAUACUUGCAAAGUUUAAAAAGGAAGAAGCAACUUGAUGAAACACAUUCUGCAUUUAAGAAGCUAAAUUUUCUAACACCGGCGAGACAUUCUCGACGCCUUCAAGAGAAUUCUAAAUUGCAAGAUACGUUGAAAGACCGUUACCCUUCUGUGUCUUCACUGGAGCAGCUAUCAGAGUCAAGAGGCGAAACUGAUGCUUUUGUAUGUGGCCCUAAUACAGCACUGUGGCCUAUGUAUUCUGAGAUGACGCCUCAGAGGAGAAAUACAGCUCCAGGAGGGAGGGAGGGUUUUAUUACUCCUGGGCCUUUGUCUUGCUUCAUACUUCCCUUGAUCCUGGAGUUGGCCAAGCACCUGAGUAUUUGUGGAAGCUGUCCAAAGCUCGGGAAUGAGCUCAGACCAGUUGGCAGAAGAAGAGAAGGUCGAAUAGAGCCAAGGUGGCACCAGACCCUGCCAGUGCCAGGUUCCUGCUCACGGAGCCCUAAGUGCCCAGGAUUUCCCAUGUGUGAGCUGACUCACCCUUCUCAGCUGCAUCCUCAUAUCGCAGCGUUGUCUGUCAAGGGUGCUGAUUGGGAAGCAGUGGCAACUUGGAAAGAGCCUGCCACAGCAUGCGGCUCCUCACCGUGUGCUGUGGUGCUUCGACUCAUGAGCUCAGCUGGUGGAGAUCUUUGUAACCCACACCUUCCUUAG